CUACCACGGAAGCCGUACACAUACACGCAUUUUUCUCAUCUGCAAGCAAGAGGCCGGCCCACGCGUUACACGUUUCGUACGUGAUAGUGCUACAUUCCGGUCGUCGCGCGCACAGCACGUCCGGCGAAGCUGAUAUCUGAUGAGGCCCGACGCCGGCGUCGCGGGGAGCAUGGCGUCCAUGGAGUGGGAGCCCAAGGCGCUGUCCCUCCACGAGCUCAAGUACGCGAGGGAGGCGGCGCUGUACGUCCUGAGAACGCACUCCUCGGAGGACGCCGUCCGAAUCUUCACCGAGGGCCUCAAGCCGGUGCUGGGCGUCAGGAGGGACUCCAUGGCCGACUCCGACGAGGAGGACGACCAGGGUGACGAGGACUACGACAUGUUCAGUCCCUACGCGUUUCUUGACGAUGACGGUGUCUACUGCCACCAGUAUGGGCGCACCGCCGCCGAGGAACGAGAUGUUGCUACCGCACCCUUCUAAUUAGCUUUACACACCACCUAUUAACUAGCUUAGAUCACCUGUAAAUAUAUAUGAUUUUUUUAUAAUAUGUAUACGAUUUUUUGAUAGAAGUGGUAGUUACUUUCUCCACAUUCGAGAAAGCAUUUUUCUACAGAUUCGGAAAGGCAUGUGAUGUAGAACUAUGAAGAUUUUAGAGAUCGAGACAGCGCGAAUUUCUGAAUACAGAUUCUUAUGAAAACGGUGUUAUUUAUUGAUGAUGUAAACUACUCCUAUUUAUAGAUGGGGAAUGAAUAGAGAUUUUUAUGAGAACAGUGUUAUUUAUUGAUGAUGUAAACUAUUCCUAUUUAUAGAUGGGAAAUGAAUAGAGAUUUUUAU